GCGCAGGGGCCCGGCUCAUCCGUUGAAGAGAAAUGGCCGCGCUGGCCGAAAGACGCGGCUCCUCGUUCACCUCGCCGCACCGGGGUCCCCUCCGCCUCUCCCCACCAGAGCGAGUGGUGCCCUGACCAUCCCACCCAGCAGCUCUCUUUCCGCAAGAUCCCGUGCUCCAGCAGGGAUCAGCCACCGGCGCGGCGCCGGAAUCUACCGUCUGCCUGCAAGCGCCCGGGGGUAGGCUGCGCGGCGCGCCACAGAGCCGCCGGGCGAACCGCCGGCACUAACCCUGCGGCCAAUAAGACACAUCCACAGACCCCCUCUCCGCCGCCGCGCAGUGACGGCGUCCCGCCCCGCCCCGCGGGUCUCCCCCCUCGCCUCAGCGGCGGAGAAGAGCGGCCGCCGCCCCAACCACGGCGGAGUGAAUGGGUUGCCAUGGCAACUGAGUGAGGCAGGCAGCAGGCCGCCGCGGCCCCAGCCGCCUCCGCAACUCAGCGUGUGGGCGAGGAGGCAGCGGGCGGCCGCCGGGACAGCCGAGGGGAGGCCGGGAGCACAGCGGCAGGAUGGAGGACGGCUUCUCCAGCUACAGCAGCCUCUACGACACCUCCUCGCUGCUCCAGUUCUGCAACGAUGACAGUGCCUCUGCUGCAAGCAGUAUGGAGGUAACAGAUCGUAUUGCCUCUCUGGAGCAACGUGUCCAGAUGCAGGAAGAUGACAUCCAGCUGCUCAAAUCUGCCCUUGCUGACGUGGUUCGACGCUUGAAUAUUACAGAGGAACAGCAGGCCAUGCAGAACAAGAAAGGACCUACCAAAGCAAGACCCCUGGUGCAAACCCUGCCUUUAAGGACUACUGUUAAUAACGGAACUGUGUUACCAAAGAAACCAAGUGGCUCUUUACCUUCCCCAUCAGGAACCAGAAAGGAAACGGUGUCACCAGCAGCAAAAAGGUCUGUGAAUCUUCUCAAUGCAUGCAAACUGAAAAAGCCUGCUCUAAGCACCAUUAAGAGAACCAGUUCAGCUGAGCGUGUGUCCCCAGGUGGUCGAAGGGAAAGCUAUGGAGAUUCCAAAGGGAGCCGCAACCGUACUGGAUCCACCAGCAGUUCAUCCAGUGGUAAAAAGAAUAGUGAAAGCAAACCCAAGGAACCAAUGUUCAGUGCAGAGGAAGGAUACGUUAAAAUGUUUCUCCGUGGACGUCCUGUUACCAUGUACAUGCCCAAAGAACAAGUGGAAUCUUACAAUUUGGAGGCAAAAGUUGAGCUGCCAGCCAAGAGACUUAAACUGGAAUGGGUCUACGGAUAUAGGGGUCGAGACUGUCGCAGUAAUCUCUAUCUUCUUCCAACGGGCGAAACUGUGUAUUUCAUUGCAUCUGUAGUUGUGCUAUUCAAUGUUGAAGAACAACUUCAGAGACAUUACACUGGUCAUAAUGAUGAUGUGAAGUGCCUGGCUGUCCAUCCUGAUAGGAUCACUAUAGCAACAGGUCAAGUUGCAGGGACAUCCAAGGAUGGAAAACAAUUGCCCCCACAUGUACGUGUUUGGGAUUCUGUGACUCUGAAUACACUGCAUGUCAUCGGAAUGGGUUUUUUUGACCGAGCUGUAACUUGCAUUGCCUUUUCUAAAUCUAAUGGAGGAAGCAGCCUCUGCUCUGUGGAUGACUCAAAUGACCACGUGCUCUCCGUGUGGGACUGGCAGAAAGAAGAAAGGCUGGCAGAUGUCAAGUGCUCUAAUGAGGCUGUAUUUGCUGCAGAUUUUCACCCUACUGAUACAAAUAUAAUAGUUACAUGUGGAAAAUCACAUCUUUAUUUCUGGACACUAGAAGGGAAUUCUCUUAUUAAAAAGCAAGGAUUGUUUGAGAAACAAGAGAAGCCAAAGUUUGUCCUGUGUGUGACCUUUUCUGAAAAUGGUGAUACUAUUACAGGAGACUCAAGCGGAAACAUUUUGGUUUGGGGGAAAGGUACCAACAGAAUAAGCCAUGCAGUUCAAGGGGCACACGAGGGUGGAAUAUUUGCACUCUGUAUGCUGCGAGAUGGCACAUUAGUGUCAGGAGGUGGAAAAGACAGAAAACUGAUAUCUUGGAAUGGAAAUUACCAAAAACUUCACAAAACUGAGAUUCCAGAGCAGUUUGGUCCAAUAAGAACAGUAGCAGAGGGAAAAGGGGACGUUGUAUUGAUAGGAACCACCAGAAACUUUGUCCUACAGGGCACGCUGUCAGGAGAUUUUUUCCCAAUUACCCAGGGUCACACUGAUGAGCUUUGGGGACUUGCAGUCCAUUCCUCUAAACCUCAGUUCUUCACUUGUGGACAUGACAAACACAUUACCCUCUGGGAUGCUACCACCCAUCGUCCUAUCUGGAACAAGAUUAUAGAGGAUCCAGCACAGUCUUCUGGUUUUCAUCCUUCAGCAUCUGUUGUUGCAGUAGGGACGCUGACUGGCAGGUGGUUUGUGUUUGACACAGAAACAAAAGACUUGGUCACUGUACACACAGAUGGAAAUGAACAGCUGUCUGUAAUGCGUUACUCACCAGAUGGAAACUUCUUGGCAAUAGGUUCCCAUGACAACUGUAUUUAUAUAUAUGGUGUAAGUGAAAAUGGAAGAAAGUACACUAGAAUUGGCAAAUGUUCAGGUCAUUCCAGCUUCAUUACUCAUCUAGAUUGGUCUGUUAAUUCACAGUAUCUUGUGUCUAAUUCGGGAGACUAUGAAAUCUUAUACUGGAUCCCCUCUGCUUGUAAACAAGUCGUGAGCGUUGAAACAACUAGAGAUAUAGAAUGGGCCACUUACACCUGUACUUUAGGAUUCCAUGUUUUUGGUGUAUGGCCCGAAGGUUCUGAUGGAACAGAUAUCAAUGCUGUCUGUCGAUCACAUGAGAGAAAACUGCUAUCAACAGGGGAUGAUUUUGGCAAAGUACAUCUCUUCUCAUAUCCAUGUUCCCAGUUUAGGGCUCCAAGCCAUGUGUAUGGUGGGCACAGUAGUCAUGUAACUAAUGUAGAUUUUCUCUGUGAAGACACUCACCUCAUCUCCACGGGCGGAAAGGACACAAGUAUUAUGCAGUGGAGAGUCAUUUAAAGGAAACAGCAGUGUGAACUUACACAGUUGAGUCAACCAUGCACAGAACUUAUGUAUAAACUGUAUAUUUAAAACUUAACAGUAUGUUUGCAGUUUAGCCUGGUCACUGUGAUUUUUUUUUUGUUUAAAAAAUUCUUACAAACCUCAGGAAAAUGAAGCCCUGUGCUGGUUACCUUACUCAGUCUAGUGAUCUUCUUUCUUUGUUUUUUUUUUCUUUUCCUCCAUUGUGUCACACCUUAAGAAUGACUGUUUUCUGUUGUACAAUAUACAAUGCAGUACAAGUUUCAUAUAAGAAAUGUGGCUUGACAGUUUGCAAUACAGUGGUGUCAGCAGAAUGUGACUAUCUUACACGUUUUCUAGAAACACUGCUAAAAUGGUCACAAAAAUGCCUUUCAAAGACUGUAUAUAUGUGCUUAUUUGUCUCACUAUCUACACUUGGUACUGUAUAUCUACUCAUUUAGAAAAAUCUAUGGCAAUGUCAAGGUACUGAACUGUUUCUGAUGGAGGAUGAUGAAGAGAUAUGAAAACUAUAAACUGUAAGAUGCAAAAAAAAUAGUGUUAUAGACCUGAAAAUGUGAAUGCUGGUAAACUUGCAUUCUCUUGGGAAUAGCAUACCUUGGAUAUCACCCGUGAAGACUUAGGCUCUCUUUCAAGUGAAUCAGCAGGUUGUGCCCCAGUUUGACCUGUUUCAGCAAGAGUUACAGACAUCUGUGUGCUUCAGGUAUUCCAUAUGAGUUCAAAUGAAAAAUAUUUUUACUUGUAUAUGAACAAUUUCUUUUUGAAAACAAGACAAAAAAAAAAGCUUGGCCACAUCCCCAUUAUUGGUUGAUAUAUUUAACUAAUAUGUAUAUUAAUCAGCAUGAUGCUAUAUUGUACAUGUAUAAGAUUUUAGCAGUUCAUAACAAAUGGUAAGGCAAUCUAGCUUUACUUUUUUAUGCUUAUGGAUAUUGUAUAUUUGUAUUUUAAGACCAAGUAGACCAAGUCUAAAGAUAUCUUUUUAAGUGUACCAUAAACCUGCAGAGGGUUAAGGAAGUCUUGGAAGCCCACAUAUGACAUUAAUGUGUAACUUCUAGCCCCUGUGUUUUGUGCAUGGAUGGAUAUUUAUAGUAUGAAAUAAGAUUGUGUUUUGCAACAAAGUAACAGUGGAGGUGGCAUAAAAUCAUUAAGAAGGCCUUAUCAAUGUUGAUUGUGACACAGAUUGAAAUGUAUUGUUUACUUUGAGGAAUGUAUCUGAAAAAUUUUAAGAGAGAGGAGUUCUAAGUGGACUCAUAAAAGGUAAUAUUAAAAUUUUGCUUGUAAUGGACAGUGAAGGUUAAUUCUCUGAACUCUAAAGCACUGGUUGUUUAGAGUUAUUUAAAAGAAAUGGAAUCAAUAAACUUUGAAACUUUUUUAUUACAUCUCCAACCUCCUACACUGAAAGUGCAGGACACCAAUAAACAUGUAUUAAAGUGAA